AUGAAGGCGCAGAAGAAACAGAGUUUAGCGACGCGACUAGGAGGAAGGACAGACGAGGAGGGCGCAGGAGGAGGAGGAAGAAGGCGGCAACGGCGGCGGAGAUUGGGUCCCGGCGCGGCUGUCGCGGUUCUGGCAGUGGGUGAUGCCGUGCAGGGUGGAAGGAAAGUGAAGGAGAGCUACGCGGUGGUGAAGAGGUCGGAGGAUCAGAGAGAGGAUUUCAAGGCCCAGGAAAAUAUUUAUUCCAAAGAAGCUGAAAGAUAA